AUGUUAUCAGGCACCAAGGCGCAGGAGUAUGCUUCACUGGAGACUCUGCCAGAGGACAUCCUGCACCUCAUAUUCAGGAGCGCUGAGCUACACACGGCAGCAGGCACCAAGGAGAGGUGCAGGCUUGCAGCAGUCUGCCGGAGAUGGAAGACAGCCCUGUACAAGCCAGAGUAUUGGCAGGAAAUCGAGCUGAAUACGGGGGAUUUCAAGGCGAGCAGCGCGUUUGCAGAGGGGCUGCUGUCGUGCGCUGCGCGCGCGGGGCAGUGGCUGCAGCGCGUGCGCGUGGUGCAGGCGCUGCCCGGCCGCGGAUGCACCCCAAAGGUUGUCUAUGGGGAGAGCGGCACUCGCCUGGAGAUGUACAGGGGCGCUCAGUCGGGGUUCAGCGCGGAGGGCAAGGAGCUGGAGGCGUGGCUGAAGCUGUGCCAUGAGCGGGUCAAGGGCGGGCACACACCUCCCAGCAGGAAAGACGCCACCUGGCAGGACGAGUUUAACCGCAUAGAGGAGGUGAUGUGCGGCAAGCGCUUCAGGAUACAGAAGCCGCGGCUGCAGCCGGAGAUCAUGAACGUUGUGCUGGCGUUUGGGCAGUGGAUGGCAGCCACCGGCAGCGCCCUGGUGUUCAUAGCCGGGUGCACGCUGUGGGCUCGCCUCAUCCUUGGCUGGGUGAUCUGGCCAACCAUGCUUGCCGCCGCCUUCAUUGUGUCCAAUAUUUGA